AAGGGCCAACCAGAAUCCAAAGUGUGUGGAUUGGAUCAGGAAGUAACUCGGACAACUCUGUGGAAAAUCCCAUUACAUGGACAUAUAAUUUAGUUUCCAACUUUUGGGAAUGGAGAGAGAUUCUGGGACAAUAGCGGCGAUUAAAGCCCUUGGAUAUGACAGUGAUCGCUGUAUGACACGGUGUGGAUGUGAUGAACUGCCGUGUCCACUGCUUUCCUGGCUGGUCAUGGAGCUGAGAAAAAGCAGCCCUGAACUUGCAGGAGAAAGCAGGACCAUUCUGUCCGGGGAACUGAAAGAGAUCCUGAAAGUGAUGUUGUACCCUUAUAACACACUCAGCACAGAGAUUCUGACCCCCAUUCAUCUCAAAAGAAUAACGAAGUUUUUGGUGUCAGAGUUGCAAGCAGCACGUAUACUGAAGUACAGAGAGUGCAAUCCGGAAGAUACUGAGCAUCUGAGCGAGUCAGCCAAAGAGCAGAGACAGAGUGAAUCUAACCUAGAAAUGGAACCUGAGAUCGAGGAUAUGAAAAAAGGACAUUUAGAUGACAAGGAAGUGAUUAUCGAAUUGUCAAAGUUGUUCCAGACCUUGGACAUGUGUCCAUCAUCGCAGAUCAGUGAUGUCUACUCACAGGUGGAAUCACGCAUAGCAUUGCUCCCAGAAGGUGCAGUGCAAGAGCCGUUGCUAAAGACCAAUCCAAAUUCUACACAAUGGAGCGAGCUGAAUCGGAUUAAACAAUCCCUCUGCAAGGACUACGAGUGCCGUCUGCAGAUGAUGAUCAAACGCUUCCACGUCACAAUCCAGUCGUUUGCGUGGGGAGAGCGUGGAAAGGAGCGAAGCAUUUUGAUGUCCGCUAUACCCCUGUUUACAUCAUCACCCAAGUCGUCCGUUUCUAUUGCGCUGUUACUAGCAGCUAGAGAGGAUCGGUCUAGCAUUCUGCCCGUGACUGCAGGACCGUCAACAGCCGUUCACAAGGUGCUGAUGGGUAGUGUGCCUGAUCGAGGAGGUCGACCCGGAGAAAUUGAACCUCCAAUGCCGAUGUUCACGCGACGUAGUGAAGGAGGCGACGGUCAAAGGCGUGAAAAAAACAAAUUCAAGCGACGGGAAUAUUCAGAGAAAAAGAAGAAAAACAAGAAUAGAUAGUAACCUAGAGAUACUGACAUGAACCCGAAUACUAAUCAGAAUUAUUACAUCCUGUUGUUUCGUAUGCAGUACAUAAUGUUUGAUACUUGUUCGCAUUUAUGAUCAUCUGCAUUCGAAUAAUUGUAAAACUUUGGCUUUAUUGAUGGAUUACAUGUGCACUAUGGAGAUUAUAAUUUUAUGUUAGGAUGAAACGGUAUAUACGUUUAAAAUCUUUAUACUGUCUAUGAUUUAGGGGCAAGUUUGCACCAUGAUCUCCCCUUCCUGGUCAUUUCAGUGGUAGUCUAAAGGGGAGAUCUUUUGUACCUUUUUAGUUUUAAUUUGUGUGUAAUGCAUUAGUCUGUUUAUUAAUUAAACACUAUAUUCACUUUACUAAAUAUACACACUAAAAUGUACAGAAGAGGUUUGAUUAGUGGUACCAGCCUAAAGACAAGGAAGGGGACAGAUCAGUUUUUUUUCAGUGUUUAGAGAAUGUUUAAAUGAUAUAAGGCAAUAUAUUACGUGUAAAUGUGCAACCUUUUUUUGUUUGUAAUGCGUUAACUUCAUUACUGACUAUGCCUGUUGUUGAGUUUGACAAUCUAACUUAAUUUAUUCUUAUUAUAUAGUCAGUCUGUUGAUGAUAAUAAUAAUAAAAAAAAUUAUAAUUGAUAAUAAUUAGCAAUAAUAGACCACUGAUUAGUGUUUUUUUUUUAUUAUUUCUUAUGAGAAAGUUAUAUACAAAUUAUUAUUAUUGAUAUUAAAUAUUAUUUUAUUUCAAGAGGAAUAUUUUGAUUAGUUUGAUUUAAAGGUCAGUGUCUAGAUGUCUUGCUUUUCUGUUAUUAAACAUGGUUAUGCGGAGUUGCUGUGGUGGUGAUGCUGAAAUGGUUAAGGGGAAUGUUUGGUCUGGUCACCAAGGGCAACAUGACAAGCUCGAAAAUAAAACCAGCAGAAACUU